AUGGCCACUGCCGUUCAGGGAUCACAUGUGAAUGCGGGGAAAAAGCUGAAAAAUUCCCUAAAGAAGAAAAAGAAGAUGAAAAUGGUAGCCAGGGCCGCAGCAUCAGAGCUGGAAGAUGAACACAAAGACACUGCAGACAGCGGAGGUUCUGUAGGAAGCUGUGGAUCAGAAAAGGACCAAUUUUCUGAUGAUGAAGCAGUAGAAGCUGACAAUGAAGAUGAUGUUGAACCUUGUGACAAAGAAAAUGAGAACGCUGCAGAAUCUGGUGUUGGAACUAAUACGGGCUGGGCAGAUGCCAUGGCUAAGAUCCUUAACAAAAAAACUCCUAAAAGUAAACCCACCAUUUUGGUCAAAAACAAAGAGCUGGAAAAGGAAAAAGAAAAGUUAAAGCAAGAGAGACUAGAGAAAAGAAAACAGCUUGAUAAGAAGCGGGAGUGGGAAAUGAUAUGCAGAGUAAAGCCAGAUGUUGUCAAAGACAAAGAAACAGAAAGAAAUCUUCAGAGAAUUGCAACAAGGGGUGUGGUGCAAUUAUUUGAUGCUGUUCAGAAGCAUCAGAAGAAUGUUGAUGAAAAGGUUAAAGAAUCUGGAAGCUCUAUGAGAAAGCGUGCUAAGUUGAUAUCAACAGUUUCUAAGAAAGAUUUCAUCAGUGUUCUUAGAGGACAGGAUGGAAGUACAAAUGAGAAGAGUUCUACUGGGAGGAACCCAAAAGCCAAACAGGCUGAAAUGAAAUCAGAAGAGGGCCCAGGAUGGUCUAUCCUACGUGAUGAUUUCAUGAUGGGAGCAUCUAUGAAAGACUGGGACAAAGAAAGUGAUGGGCCAGAUGACAGCAGAACAGGAUCUGGAAGUGACUCUGACACAUGAAGUUAUAUAGGAAGCAAAAUUUUUAAUCAUUUUAUUUUUCCUGGAAAAGUCUUCACGC